AUGGCCACAGUGGCUGGGUUUGUCACGACUGUUAUGAACUUUCUGACUGAUCCUUUUCUGACGUCUCCUCUGAAAGCAACUCUGAAGCAUUUGGAGGAGACAGAACUCUCAACUCUGCAGGGAGAGAAAAGUGAUCAUGGCUGUGAGGAGACCUGGAUGAUUUUUGUGCAGAGAGGAGGCUGCAGAGCUGAGGACGUCGGCACAGAGGCCCUAAACUUCAAACCAUUCUUCAAAGGGGAAAUUUUCUUGGAUGAAAAGAGGAGGUUCUAUGGACCACGGGAGCGGAGGAUGGGCCUGCUGGCGUUUCUCAGGGUGGGCGUGUGGACCAACGGCAUGAGAGCGUUUACUAAAGGCUUCGCAGGAAAUGUUUUUGGAGAAGGAUUUGUCCUGGGGGGAGUCUUUGUGAUUGGGAGAGGACAACAGGGAAUUCUGUUGGAACACAGAGAAAUUGAGUUUGGAGACAAAGUGAAUAUUAAAGAUGUGAUUGAAGCUGUGAGAAGAAUGCCUCGUGAACUCCAGCCCAUACAGAACAAAUAA